ACAGUCCGACUUUGACCGGCUCAAGGGACAGAUCCCUAUCUCGCUCUCCGAUACAGUUUCGUGAUUCGUCUUCCGACGAAAGUUUUGCACAGUGUAGCUCGCGCUUUCUAGAAAAUACUUAUAAUUUCUUUUCUUUAUCGGUCAAUUUUUUUCUCAUUUCGAUCGGAGAUAUGACAAAAGUGUGAUGCAAGCUUGAAAAACUCCCGCCGCCGGGAGAAAAAUGGGCCAGUGUGCGACGACACGUGUCGCAAGUUACGGGAGCCAGCCGGCUUAGUUAUAUAUACAGGCAUAUAUCGGCGCUUUUGCGGUCCGCAACCGCGACAAGGACGUGUCUCUAUUAUAUACACGCAACGAGAUAUCGCGGAGUGACAUGACUACGAUUCGGCUUGUAAACAGCCGGUGAAAGUGCAUUUGGCUGCCGUUGCUGGCUUUGUUCGCUCUGACUACACCCGUGCGAUUUGCGACAGUAGUUGCGCUAUUUCCCUCUUCCUCGUCGUUACGAGGCGACGAGAGCGGAUAUCGGAUAAAAGAAUUUGCAUCGAUCCGCAGUGUACGCGAUGCGGAAGGCAGGGCUGAGUAGCUUCUGGCUGCUGGUGCUGUUGGUGGUGGUCACGUGCUACGAGGACUACGAGAAGACCAACAAGCUGAGGACCGUCUUCUCCUGGAAGGCUCUGGAUUUUGCGUUUGGUAGCGAUAUCGCGAGAGAAGCAGCGAUCAGGACCGGCCGAUUCAAGCCUGGAGCUUCUAUUCCUAUCGAUGUCGACGUGUAUUAUGGCGCCGGCGAGUCGAUGGUGUUCAUAGCGAUGCCCCGACUGGAGCAGGGGAUACCAGUGACUGUGGGAUACGUGACCGAGCUUAUGUCCAAGGACGGUAACCCUCUGAUCGCCCCUUAUCCGGACUGGGAGUGGAACAGAUUAGGCGACUGCGAUGCCAUAACCAGCACUUACAGAGUACAGAUCGACGAUUGCGGCAGGCUGUGGAUACUGGACACCGGCGUGAUCGGCGACCGUCGAGUCUGUCGACCGCAGCUGCUCAGCUUCUCGCUCAAGACGAACAAACUGCUGUCGAGGCACCGAUUUCCGCGCGACCAGUUCAAGGAACACUCGCUCUUCGUCACGCCUGUCGUCGACGUCAGGACCAUCGAUGCCAAGUGCCGGGAUACCUUCGUCUACAUAGCCGACGUCACCGGAUUCUCCCUCGUAGUUUACGAUCACAUGAACGCGAGGUCCUGGAGGAUCAACAACAAUCUCUUCUAUCCCUAUCCGCCCCACGGGACUUUUAACAUCGGUAACGAGGUCUUCGACCUGAUGGAUGGGCUGCUGGGGAUGGCGUUGAGUCCUAUAAGGCCUGAUGGUGAUAGAACGCUCUAUUUCCAUUCACUGGCUAGUACGACCGAGUCGUAUGUUCCUACCUCUGUUAUUCGAAACUUCACGCUGUUCGAGAAGAACCCAGACGCCUCGCCGAGGUCGUUCAAGGCUUUUCCCAUGGAAAGGCCAUCGCAGAGCGCCGCCGAGUCGAUGGACCGCGAUGGCGUGCUCUUUUUCGGUCUGAUGACCGACCUGGCAAUCGCCUGCUGGAACAGCAAGCAUUACCCCGAGUUCGGUGGCAGAAACAUUGAGAAACUCGUUGUCAACGAGGACACCUUACAAUUCCCGUCUGGCUUGAAGGUGGUGACGGGUGACAUGGGCCGACAAGAGGUCUGGGUGUCGACCGCUGCUUUUCAGCGCUACAUGAGCGGCACGUUACACCCGAACGAGACGAACUUCCGCAUCCAGGCCGGCUACGUGGACGAGCUGGUGCGCGGUACCAAGUGCGACGUCAACGCCCUCGACAUCUACAACCAGCACACGGGCAGGUUACCUUCGCCUACCAGAUGAAGGUCAUGGUACCGCGAGAAAUACGAGGCUCCUUAUCACUGGCCCUUCUACAACUGGUCGCCGAGUUACUACAACAACGAAGACGACAACGUCGAUAACGAUCGCGACCUGUUGGAGAACUACCCCAGUGAAGACGACCACGUGCGCAUCGACUUUGCCAGACGACUGCCAGAGACAGUUCCCAAGCCUGAGCCAGUCGAUCCCGCACCCGAGCCGCCCUAUUUCUCGCGGUACCGAGCCAUAAAUAACUGUCCCUGUGAACCGGCUGCCGAUUCCUACGGUCACGGCCAGUACUACAGAGUGUCCAAACCGGUUUUCUACAGUUUCUAUAUCAAUCACGGUUGAGCAACAUCUUCUUCACACCCAUCAGUCGACGAGCGUAGGGAUUCGAUUGUCGCGGUGACGGGGACAGUUUUUAGAGAUUUUGUACAGCGAUUAAUUUAUUCACAGCGCGUAACUCUUUUUUUAUACCGAUUUUUUAUGUGCAGCCAUCGAAAUUUGCAAUUUUCGCGUUGUACAUUAUUGUAUACACGUUUAGUCAGUAAUUUAGAGGUCUAUUAGAGUGUUUUUUUUUUUAAUUACUUUGUAUAAAUGUAUGAUUUUCACACGGAGUUUUCAGGUAAAUUCCCAAAGAUGUUUCUUUCAAGCUGUAGAAGUACCCACGUGUAAAAUACUAGGGUUUGAGUUUGAACAGGAUUUUACAAUAGUUGUAGUAGGUGUUUAAAUAGUGUCGACAUUUUAGUUUUAAAGUGAAUCACAGUGUCAAAUCUAAUAGACUUUUGUAUAAAUUACUGUAUAUCGCCAUGUAAUAAGAUCUUGUAGACUGUAAGGCUACCAGUGUAAAAAACAUAUUAUGAUAUGUAAUAUUUAAUAUUACAGUACAAGUACGUGUAUAGCUUGAAUAAUUAAAUUAUUUGUAAUUAUUAUCAUGAUAUAAAGGCGAAUACUCAACAUUGUACAAAAAAUACAAUAACCCAAUUAACCUAGAGUAAUAUGCAAUUAACGUUUUGAUUUUUAUUUGCAUUGUAUAGUUAAUCGAAAAAUAUAAUUUUUUUAAAUAAUCGAAA